GACGGGAUUGUAGCCCCGGAUGUCUGCCUGCGCACUACCCUAUGCUUGCCUUUAACGUACAUUUUAUAUCUUCCUCCUCUCUAUAUAUACCGUAUCUUCCUUGGUUUAUGAAUUGUUGUAGUACAGCUACUUUAGUUUGUCUUUUUAUCUUGUUCUAACCCCCUAAAAAAAGAAACUCGAGGUCUUCUGCGUCGUCGUGUCUUCUCUUUCCUUCCUUUCUCCCCCGUUUUUUUCCCCCGUUUUUUUCCCCUUUAUUUGGUUUCGUUUUGUUUUCUCGUAUUAUUAUUAUUCCCUCUCUUUUGAGACUCGUUUCUUCGAAGGUAAAGGUGAUUGGAGUUGUGUACGGUACGGCAUUCCCGGAAAUGAGCACACACACCGGUUCUUCUCGCGCUGCUAAUAGGAAAAAGAGCUAGGUUGAUAGUUACCAACAUUUAACUUUGUCAAUGUUUUAUUUUCGUGUUCAGAUAAAUUGUCGAAUCAUCUUUUCCUUCAUGUGUGAAAAACAAAUAAUAAAUCUUGGCCAGCCGAGAGAAAACCUGGUGGACCCGAUACCGAAUCAACAGCACAAGGUGUUGUAGACACACCAGGUAGAAGACAAAGAAAUCACCGCUACACACAAGAAGAGUUAAGCAGCGCGUGUAUUAUAUACAAAGCUCUUGGGUUGUGCACCAGCGUGUUCCCCUUUUCUCUUCCAUCUCCUUUUUAUUCUCUCUCUAUCUCUCUCUCUCUCUUCAUUCUCCUUCUCGUAGUGUAGUGGUGGUUUUCUUUUUUUCAGAGUUUUUCGCCCAUCCAUUCGGGGGUCCGUCCUGUUGGUUGGCGUACGCGCCCCUUAAACUAUCUCGUCGACGAGUACCGCUCUGCCGACACUCAGUCCACGUUGAGCCGUGGGGCACUUCACAACUCCCCACAACCGCUCCUCUCUUCUCGUUUCCUUCCUCUCGUCAACAAUAUCACUCGCUUUGAUUUAUUUUCUUCGAGGUGGGUGAGACGACGAUUCUUCGUGGUUCGUCGCUGCUGUGUGGACAGAAAACUAGAGUCAGGAAACGGACGGAAAACCUCAAAUCCUAAUUUGUUCCUCCCUUUUUCCUUGUGUGUAAAUAAUCCAGUCGAUCGUCCGGCAAGGGUUGAUCCGCGGUGCGUGCGUUCCAGUCAUCCCCCUUUGUUUUGUAAACAAAAGACAACACACACACAAAAACAGUCUCGAACAAUCAGUCGUGAGAUUUCAAUGUGCGAUCCCCACUUUCUUUCCGUCGCUGAUUUGGAAAUGGCAACAGGAAAUUGAAUCGAAAAACAACAAAAACACAACAACCAUGUGCCCAGACACGCUACCGUCCAUGUUACAUUAAGUUUCUUUUCUUUUCCCUCCGUACCAUCGACCAAUCCUCUUCUCUUUCUUCCACUUCCGACUGCAAUAAAAUCAUCACCCGAAUUGUUACGACGACCGGAAAGGACUUCUUCCAUUUAGCCACCACCAAGUUGUCGACAUCCAAGACGGAUUCAAUCACCCCAAAAUCAGGAAGUUCACAUCACGUCGGCUUCGUCGUCGUCGUGCAGCCUGUUCCGGGACGUCCAUGAUGAUGACCCGGCUACUGGCCUCAUUCCAUGGGUUGUCAUUCCUUUUCAUCUUUGUCAUUUUCACUUCAGUCGAGAGCACAGAUGGACAGUGCGAAAGUUGCACGUUGACGGUGAUGUGUUGGAUGAACGGCGGGAUCAGAGAGGGAGGAUGUCCAGGUCCGUCGUGGUUGGUGACGUGCUGCGUCCCUCAGGUGACACGCAACAGCGAAGACGACACCAUCAUCCAGUCGGACCUUCGGGGACCGCCCCUCACCGCUGGACUCCGAUCCGCACCAGGAGGCGCUCCCUUCAUCCUGGCCAACACGUUAGGAGAGUCGAUCGCCAACCUUCAGGGCCGCGAUGAUUGGAUGUCGACGUCACCAUCGCAAAAUCACUAUUUCAUCAAGAACAACAACAACAACAACAAGGCUCCGGGAAGUCCGUUCUCGUCGUCAGCCGUGCCAUACAACCAGUUGCAGCCACCUCUCCCACCGCCGCUGCCCCCGUCACCGCCGCAACAACAACCACAACAUCAUGUGAUGACACAGCAGCAGCUCUACCAGCACAAGAAUUUCCAAAUGCAACAGCAGAUGUUCCCGCAACAGCCGCACGGCUACAUCGGCCUGAAUAGUCUCAACAGUCUGUCAGGGCCUCGGCCCGUCUGUGGCGUCCAGCCGCUCAAGUCCAGCAAGCUUCAGAAACGGAUCAUCGGCGGGGAUCAGGCCGCCUUCGGAGAGUUCCCGUGGCAGGCUCACAUCCGCAUCGCUGGAUUCCAGUGCGGAGGAGUCUUACUCAAUCACCAGUACAUCGCCACGGCUGCCCACUGCGUUCACAGGGCCAAACUAUCGCAAAUCAUCAUCUACCUGGGAGAGUACGAUACAAAGGACUUGGACAAGGCAGAAAUUCUACCCAAAGAGACACUUGGCGUCAUCGAGAGAAAGAUUCAUCCGCAAUUCAAAUAUAUGCUGACUCAACCCGACCGCUACGACGUGGCCGUUCUCAAGUUGAGCCGCUCGGUCGGCUUUCGCGACAACAUCCUACCCAUCUGCCUACCACCGCAGGGCAAAGAUUACGAAGGAGCCCUCGGCGUUGUGGCUGGAUGGGGAAAAACGGAUACAUCGUUCGGAAAAACGGGGACCAACUUGCUUCAAAAAGUCUACGUACCGAUCAUCAACAAUCGAGUUUGCUACGCCUGGCACGAACUCAAAGACAUCAUUUUAGAACUGCACGAUGAAAUGUUCUGCGCCGGACACGAACAGGGCAAAAUGGAUGCAUGUCUCGGCGAUUCUGGAGGACCAUUGGUGGUGAACGAUGGAGGCAGAUGGACAUUGGUCGGAAUCACUUCGGCCGGGUUCGGUUGCGCAGUGGACCAUCAGCCGGGAAUUUACCACAAAGUCAGUAAGACGGUACCUUGGAUCUUGGCGAAUAUCAACGAUUAAAUUAACGAGGAAAAAAGAAGUAAAAUAACGCGACGAUUAAUGACAAUACUUAAUUAAUAAUACAAACGAAGCGAAUUCAUCGGUCUUGUGAUCCUAUUUUCCACACACGCCUUUUCCUUAUCUUUCGUAUGUCUCUUAAGUAAAUGUGUUAUGAUAUUUUAAUUUUCAAAGUAUCGGGACAACACAAAAUAAACGACAAAAAAUGAUGCCAUCUGGCAAAUUACAAAA